AUGGCUUCAUCCCGGUUUGCAAUGAUCCAGUGGAAGUCGGCGGCGGUUAUUUACAAGGACACUGUCGUCCAACAACAGGCGAAUGACUGUGGGGCAUAUACAGCAUGGAACCUGAGGAUGAUACUCGCCAAGAAGCGGCCCGCGAAGUCGGCCUCGGACGCCAAAAGUCUUGCUGUCGCACUACGACAGGAGUUCCUGACCGAAGCGCAUAGCAUCAUCACCAGCGGUGGUCUAGCCUACCGCUGCAGACAGGAAGUCUUACAGGCGUACAUCGAGGGUUCAGCGGGCGAUGCAGCAGAGGACAAGGGCAAGCCCUCGGGCGUUAAGAGCGAUGGAAAGGGUGUUGAGGGUAAGGGUGUGGGGGUCAAGAGCAAGGCUUCGAGUGUCAGGAGCAAGGCUUCGGGUGUCAAGAGCAAGGCUUCGGGUGCUAAGAGUAAUGGAAUGGAUGUUAAGGGGAAGGCUUCGGGUAUGGACAGCGAUGAUGAUCCGCCCAACAUCAACAGCCUCAUCGACGUCAUGAGCGAGGACGCAAUGGGUGAAGGCGAUGACUUGGAUUAUGACACGGACAGCAGCGACGGUUUCGCCGGGGACGCGUUCACUGCACAGAAAACCGAAGAUCUGGCAUGGCACGACCAUCAUGAUAAAAUACUCAAGCUCAAAUCAGGCAGUAUCACCAAAUCUAUGGCUUCGGUAAUCAUUCUCGGAAACAGACAGCACGGCAUGCCCAAUCUCCGAUUCUAG